GUAUGAUCGGUGUCCACAACCACCGCGACCGGCAGAGAGAAGGACGAGCCGGAGUCCCGAACCAACAGACCCGCCGGGAAGAUCCCGGGAAAUAACCGGGAAUAAACGAGCGUCAGGAGGAGACCGGGUGGAGGCAACAAAAACGCACCCCCGUAGCGAGGAGAGACGGGUUUACGAGCGCUGCGGGACGGCGGGGUGUAUGACAGAACAUGGGAUCGUGGUUCUCCUGAUAGAACGAAAACAGCGGUGGAACCCAGCGGACCUGAAGGAGGACAGUGACCGGGCACAGAAAUGGCCCACGUAGGCAACGGAGCGGCCGCCGAGGAGGAGGACUGCUUUGAAGAUGCCUACGACCGAAUACCUGCGGCGUGUCAGAUGGACCUGCAGACAGCCAUCCAGGAGACUCAGUGUGCUCUCAAUCUGGUCCUCAACAACAAGUUCUCUGAAGCCCUGGACCUCCUCAAACCAUGGUGGAAGUACAGUAUGUACCAUGCGUUGGGUUACAGCAGCAUCCUGGUGAUGCAGGCGACAAUGACCUUCGAGCACAGUGACAUCCAGGCUGCCAUGGCAACCAUCAAGGAGACAUUACACACCUGUCAGAGAUUCAGGAAAAAGAACUCGGUGUUCGGAUCUCUGUCCGGGCUGAUCAGCAAGCAGUCCAACCUGCAGGAAGAGGAGAUGCACGCAGAGAUCUGCUACGCUGAGUGUCUGCUGCAGAAAGCCACGCUGACCUUUGUCCAGGAUGAGAACAUGAUCAGUUUUAUCAAAGGAGGCAUCCAGAUUCGGACGAGCUACCAAAUCUACAAGGAUUGUCAGAAUGUGCUGAGUGUCGCUCAGGAGCUGGCCGGCCAGUCGGAGUCUUUCAGACAGUUUGAGGGUGGGGUCAAGCUGGGAGUCGGAUCCUUCAACCUGAUGUUGUCUCUCCUCCCUCAGAAGAUUUUGAGGUUGUUGGAGUUCAUCGGAUUCUCAGGAAACAGGGGGUUCGGCUUGUCGCAGCUGAGCGAGGGAGCCUCCAGCCACAGUCUGCGGUCGAUCCUCUGCGCUCUGACGCUGCUCUUCUACCACACAUAUGUGUCACUGAUACUCGGGACCGGAGAGGGGAACCUGGCGGAGGCCGAAGCUCUGCUGGAGCCGUACCAACACAAAUACCCCAAAGGCUCCAUCAUUCUCUUCUACUCUGCUCGCAUCGCCGCUCUGCGAGGAAACUUCGAGAAGGCCCGGGCGAGCUACGAGGAGUGCAUCAGCAGCCAGCAGGAGUGGAAGCAGAUCCACCACGUGUGCUACUGGGAGCUGAUGUGGACUCACUCGUACCAGCAGGAAUGGCAGCAGGCGUACCAGUACGCUGACCUGCUGUGCAAGGAGAGCCGCUGGUCCAAGGCUAUCUAUGUGUACCAGAAGGCGGCCAUCCUCAGCAUGAUGUCCGAGGAAGACGUGAAGAAGACGGGGGAGGACGUCACGGAGCUCUUUAAGCAGGUGGAGGGGCUGAAACAACGGCUGGCAGGGAAGUCAAUCCCAACGGAGAAAUUUGCAGUGAGGAAGUCUAGACGCUACAAAGCUGCUAACCCCGUCCCCCUGGUCAUCCCCGCACUGGAGAUGAUGUAUGUUUGGAGUGGUUUCAGCAUCGUUGGGAAGAGAGCUGACAGCACCGAGGCCCUGCUGGUUACCAUAGAGACGGCCGAGGAGCGGCUUCGCAACGACCCUAACCCGUCAGAGUUUCAUCCAGACGACAGCUGCCUGGUCCAGAUGUUGAAGGGACUCUGUCUGAAACACCUGGACCGCUUAUUGCAGGCGGAGCUCUGCUUCACGCAGGUCCUGUCCAGAGAGAAUCAUAUCCGAUAUGAUCACUACUUGAUUCCCUUCACUCUCUAUGAGUUGGGUCUGCUGUAUAAACAACAGGGAGACUUCACCAAGGCCAUCACAUACAUUGAAAAGGCCAAGACGAACUACAAGAACUACUCCAUGGAGUCCAGACUGCACUUUAGGAUCCAUGCAGCCCUCACCAGCCUCAAAGGAUCACCUGCUGGCACCCCAUAAUACUCCACAACAACUCCAACUGCAUCUGGAAACAACAGUGAAUGAAACAGGACUCCUCAGUUCAUGUGACUGAUCCACCCUUUAAUGAAGAAUCUUGGGUUUGGGUUUGGUUUGGGAUCACAGGACUCCACUGUUAGCGACCUUAUGUUUUAUUUUAUUUUCCUUAUUUAUUUUCAUCAGUUGUGUGGACGGAUGAGAUUAUUUAAAGUUUGCGCCUCCUCUCAAACAGGCUCGGGCUUCCUAUCGGCGUCUGCCAGCUGAGAUUAUGUCGGUCGAUGCAGAGUCAUGGUUCAAAGUCAAGCGUCGGUUCAAUCCACGCAGCGCCAGUGAAUGAUGCACAGGAGCACAUGAGGAGUUUCAGUCUAAGGGCUCGUUCACUCAGAGACGCUCUGCUCAUUAGAUACAGCUGCGCUUUCGGAUAUAAAAGCACAAAGUAAGAAAAAGGUAAAAGUUUUGAAACAAUCAAACCAAUAAGUGAUACCUGGGAAAACAGGUAUUCUCAACAAGUGUUUGAUUGCAGUCGGUCACCUCUGCCAGCAUGCUGAGCAUCUUCUGCCGCCUUGCAACUCUGUCUGAACGGCCCCUGAAGUACAAAAACUGCCUCUAUUACUACCACACAGAUCAGAGCUUUAAACUCAAAUCGAUCAUAAUUUCAUAUAAAAGGUGCAGCUCAUUGCAGGACUUCUGCUCACGAAAGCUUUGUAUCUUUGUAGGAUGGCACCAUAAAUACUGAGAGAUGUUGAAACGUGUACUGAUAAAACUGACGAGUGCAUUCAGGUCAGCAGCAGGGAGACGUGUGUGUUCAAACACACACCGUUUGUGCUUUAUAUUUCCUUUACUUUGCCUUGUUUGACUUCCUAGUAAUCACAUGUGCAAGGAAACAUGUCCGUGCACAUGCAGCCACAGCCUUCUCACCAACCGUGGCUUAUACACACGCACACGCACGCACACACACACACACAACGUAAUACACUUGUUCUGAGCUUGCACAUACUGGGCAGUGUGCAUCCAGAAAAGAGAAACACGCACACAAACGGCCGUACAUGCACACAUUUAGCAGCAAUAUAAAAGAACUCGUGCUGUUAGUCAGCCUGGCUGUCGCUCUGUGGGUCAGUGUGUGUUCACAGACCAAUUUUAACUGCAGUUUUAUUUUAUUUCUCAGAGGCAGAGCAGCUUCUGAGGCAGGAAUCGUCUCUCUCCAGGACUCUCGGGUUGACAUUUCAAAAAGUUGUUUUUAAAAAAUCUGGAGUAAAACUGUCCUCGUCAGUGUCUCCAUAUACACGACGGAUCAAAGGUGUACCUGUACAGUGAGAGGGGUCGCUUGUUGCGAGGGAAUCACAGCUGUUACUUUUGCUUUUCAGGUUGCUUUGCUCCCACCAAGUGGAGAAUAUUAGUGAACGCAACUUUAAAUGAAACAAGCGUGACUUUAAGUACGAGACAAAGGCAUCGAGUUCCUUCUCUCAGCUGCUUCUACGCCACCAAGAGCUCCAGGUAAACGUUACCUGGACAAAGAAAUUCCUUAUUGGCUGAAAGAUAUUUAUUUCUUCACGCGGUGCAGCUCUGCCUGUGAAGGACGUUUGCACAACUGAAGCUACACUCGCUCCACAUUUGCUCAAACGUCUGCUGACGACUCGCCGAGCAGACUGAACGCCGUCGAUUCACCUCCGCCGUCGCCAUUCUGUCGUAGUCCUGUUUGAGCUGCCGACAUUCUGACUGUUUGGCUUUGGUUGGAAACAGACACGCCGAGGGAGACGGCCCUGUUUCUUCUGUUCUUAUAUUAAUUUGUAUGCUAAUAAAUACCGUCGGUUAUGCAGAUCAGUUAGCUUAUUAUCUGUUUAUGUUGGUACAUUUUUAAAAAAGCACAAUUCAUGAGUCGUUGUAAUUUAAAAAGCAUCAUUUUGUUCAUGACCUGUUCUCAUUCGCUUCAAGUAGUUUGAUAAUCGUAACUUUUAUGUAUAUGAUAUAUUAGUACAAUGAAUAUUUACUGUGUGUCAAAUUAAAAAGGUACGCUGCUUUCAUACUCAGCGGCUUUGUGGCAUGAAUACAUGAACAUCACUGUCACACUCAACACAAAACUCAAUGCAUCAGUUAAAACGGUGGACCGCUGACUAGACCGGUUCUGUCGUUUAGUCCCAAACAGCGGGAAACCGCAGCAGAGUCGACUGAACUGCAUCAUCACUUCCGUUUUUCACACCUUUUCCUGUGGACAGUUAACCUGGACGUGUGUGACAGUGCUAACAAUUAGCCUUGUCCCCAUAAUGAAUGUAUCAACCUAACGACCAAAUUAUACGUGUGUGUACGUGUGUACGUGUCCGUUGUUUUUCAUGUGUAGUUUGUGCCUGUUACCAGUUUGGGUGGAAUUUUCUUGGUUUGAUCUGAAACUUUACUUCCGAACAACUUCUUGGCCAAGUGCAGUAAAUAUUGAGGAGCUCGAUGGUAAAGUCAGUUAUAGCUUUACAACAAAGUACCAGAGUCUUCUAUGUAAAAGAGUUGUGGCAAAUAUUGUGAAGUCCCACUUAGUACGAUCAACUGCUAAUGCUAGGAACUACCAGCAGAGGUUUUAGCUAACGUUGCUGGUUUCUGAACAAAAUUUGAGUGAACAUUAAAGGUUGUGCACCAAUUAUUAAACUAUGAAGUCAAUCAGUUUGCUGUGACAUGAUUCAUUCAACAAAGUGUGGCCCUUUAGCAUCAUACCCCAUAUGCUACAAUGUUAGCAUGUUUAUAUCGUGCCUACUCGCAGAGAAUAUUCUAACAUGUUAGCAUAACUCAACAUAGUGUAUGCUCGUGUGUGCAAGUUUGUACUUCUCACCUGUUUUUUUUUUUUUUAAAGACAAAUGUCAAAAAACCCAGAAGCUCUUUGGACAACACUUACCAAAGUUUUGAAGGUCCAGAUGUUACCGAUCCACAUUGAGGUUUUUAUCAAUGUCACUAUAAAGAAUGAAAAUCCUUCUGGUUUACAGCCUUUCAUUGUCACAACCUUUCUUCGUAGAAAGCUUUUGGUUCGUGUGUUUCAUUCAGUGGUUCAUGUCAGUGCCUCUGUCUGUGUUAAUAGAGUUUUCUACAGGAUGUACAUUGCAUGUUAUUCUUCAUUAUAUUUAAUUUUUUUUUAAAUGAAAAAUGUGCUUUACGGCAGGAAGCGAUAUAACCCGAUAUUACAGGCUCUACGAUUACAGAUGGUAAUCCGUGUGGUGCAAUAAAUGAAAAGAACAGAAGAAUAAUCGUUCAUUCUUACGUUCCUCUCCUGUCAGUCUGAAGCCUUGAAUUCUUUCUUUGGCCUUGUGUUUAAAUCUAAAUGUUUGAACACCGAAGGAGGAUCACGUCUGGUUAGUUGUUUUGUUGUGCAAUUUACCUACUUUAAAAGCAAUGAUCCAGGCUCGGCAUCGUUAUAGUUUUGUCUUAUAAUGAUGGACUGCAGCAGAGUAUGAUCAUCAUAGUGCUGUGCCUGUGUCCCCCAGGAAAUGUUUUUUUUCUGAUGCAGACUCCUUUGCUUUCUGUUUCUGUACCUCUGAAAUCCGUUGAAUCUACCUGUUGAAACGAUCUCAGUUAAAUCAACUGAGUGUUCUUGACAUUGUUGCCUUUGCACACCGAUGACAAAAUAACAAUAAAAGUUCUGU